AUGGCUCCCUCCGUCGUCGAGACGACCACCACCACGACCCGGCCUGUGCCGGCGUACAAGCUGCACGUCGGCAACUACAAGGAGAUUGACGCCCACAACGUCGACCGCGAGACGGAGACGGGCGAGAACGGCGCCAAGUAUCCUCACUACCUCCCCACAUGGAACCGCGAGCAAAAGUGGCCUGCCCUGGAGCCCUAUGAGCACUACGAGCACGGCAAAGACGCCGACACGACCUUCCCCAACUUGCUCCCCUCGUCCGUCUCCGUCACGCACCUGACGCCCUCCAUCGGCUCCGAGGUCAAGGGCAUCCAGCUCUCGUCGCUCACCAACGCCGGCAAGGACGAGCUCGCGCGCUUCGUCGCCGAGCGCAAGGUCGUCGCCUUCCGCAACCAGGACUUUGCCGACCUGUCCAUCCCCGACGCCCUCGCCUACGGCUCCUACUUUGGCCGCCACCACAUCCACCCGACGUCGGGCGCCCCCGAGGGCUACCCGGAGGUGCACCUCGUCCACCGCGGCGAGAACGACAGCGGCGCAAAGGAAUUCUUCCAGGCCCGCACCAGCUCCGUCGCCUGGCACUCGGACGUCUCGUACGAGCAGCAGCCCCCCGGCACCACCUUUCUCUACAUCCUGAACAAGCCCGACACGGGCGGCGACACCAUCUUCGUCGACGCCGUGCAGGCCUACAAGCGACUGAGCCCGCUGUUCCAGGAGCGCCUCCAUGGCCUCAAGGCGACGCACUCGGGCAUCGAGCAGGUCAACGCCGCGGCCGCGCGCAACAGCAUCAAGCGCCGCGAGCCCGUCGUCAACGAGCACCCCAUCAUCCGCACCCACCCGGCCACGGGCGAGAAGGCCAUCUACGUCAACCCCCAGUUCACCCGCGAAAUCGUCGGCCUCAAGCGCGAGGAGUCGGACGCCCUGCUCAAGUUCCUGUACGACCACCUGGCGUACGGCGCCGACUUCCAGGCCCGCGUCAAGUGGGAGGAGGGCACCGUCGUCAUCUGGGACAACCGCGUGACGCAGCACAGCGCCAUCGUCGACUGGGAGAACGGCCAGCGGCGGCACCUGGCGCGCAUCACGCCCCAGGCCGAGCGGCCGUACGAGACGCCCUUUGACGGCUGA